UGUGUGAAGUCCUACAAGUCUUACUGCUUUCUUCGAUCUCAGUAACAGGGAGAAGUUCAGAGAUGGAAGACGUGGUGAUUGCAGGCAUAGCAGGAAAGCUGCCGGAAUCUGAGAACUUGCAAGAGUUUUGGGAGAACCUGCUGAAUGGAGUUGAUAUGGUCACAGAGGACGAUCGGAGGUGGAAACCAGGAAUUUAUGGACUGCCCAAAAGAAAUGGAAAGCUCAAGGACAUAAAAAAAUUUGAUGCGUCCUUCUUUGGAGUCCACCCCAAACAAGCUCAUACAAUGGAUCCUCAGCUUCGCUUGUUGUUGGAAGUUUCUUAUGAAGCUAUUUUGGAUGGAGGCAUUAAUCCAGCUACCCUCCGAGGCACAGACACGGGUGUAUGGAUUGGUGCAAGUGGCUCAGAAGCUGCUGAAGCCCUUAGCCAAGAUCCAGAAGAGCUUUUGGGAUACAGUAUGACUGGCUGCCAGCGUGCUAUGCUUGCCAACAGGAUUUCGUACUUUUAUGAUUUUACAGGACCAAGCUUAACUAUUGACACAGCCUGCUCCUCCAGUCUCAUGGCUCUAGAAAAUGCUUAUAAAGCAAUUCGUCACGGACAGUGCAGUGCAGCCCUGGUAGGAGGGGUCAACAUUCUGCUGAAGCCCAACACUUCUGUGCAGUUCAUGAAGCUGGGUAUGCUUAGUCCUGAUGGUGCCUGCAAGGCUUUUGAUGUUUCAGGAAAUGGAUAUUGUCGCUCUGAAGCUGUUGUUGUUGUGCUCUUGACCAAGAAAUCCAUGGCUAAACGCAUCUAUGCCACCAUAGUGAAUGCUGGGAGUAACACUGAUGGCUUUAAGGAGCAAGGUGUGACAUUCCCAUCUGGAGAGAUGCAGCAGCAGCUGGUUGGUUCUCUGUACAGAGAAUGUGGUAUCAAGCCUGGAGAUGUGGAGUAUGUUGAAGCUCAUGGGACAGGCACCAAGGUUGGAGAUCCCCAGGAAGUAAAUGGUAUUGUAAAUGUCUUCUGCCAAUGUGAGAGAGAGCCUCUGUUAAUUGGAUCAACCAAGUCAAACAUGGGUCAUCCAGAGCCUGCCUCUGGACUUGCUGCAUUAGCCAAGGUCAUUCUUUCUCUGGAACAUGGGCUGUGGGCUCCAAAUCUUCAUUUCAAUGAUCCAAAUCCAGAUAUUCCUGCUUUACAUGAUGGCUCCUUGAAGGUGGUUUGCAAACCAACACCAGUGAAAGGUGGCCUUGUCAGCAUCAAUUCUUUUGGCUUUGGAGGUUCUAAUGCUCAUGUUAUUCUGAGGCCAAAUGAGAAGAAAUGCCAGCCUCAAGAGACUUGUAACUUGCCAAGACUGGUUCAAGUUUGUGGCAGAACACAGGAAGCAGUGGAAAUACUAAUUGAAGAAAGCAGGAAACAUGGAGGAUGCAGUUCAUUUUUAAGCCUGCUCAGUGAUAUCUCUGCAAUUCCUGUAUCUUCCAUGCCCUACAGGGGCUACACGCUAGUUGGCACUGAGAGUGACAUAAGAGAGAUUCAGCAAGUUCAAGCAUCUGGUAGACCUCUCUGGUACAUCUGCUCAGGUAUGGGAACACAGUGGAAAGGUAUGGGCCUGAGCCUUAUGAAAUUGGAUCUGUUUCGCCAGUCUAUAUUGCGCUCAGAUGAGGCUUUGAAGAGCACAGGACUGAAAGUCUCAGACCUGCUUCUGCGUGCAGAUGAGAACACUUUUGAUGACACUGUCCAUGCAUUUGUUGGACUAGCUGCUAUACAGAUUGCCCAAAUCGAUGUGCUAAAGGCUGCAGGUCUGCAACCUGAUGGGAUUUUGGGUCACUCAGUGGGUGAACUAGCUUGUGGCUAUGCAGAUAAUUCCUUAAGUCAUGAAGAAGCUGUUCUUGCUGCUUAUUGGCGGGGCCGAUGUGUGAAAGAGGCCAAAUUGCCCCCAGGAGGGAUGGCUGCUGUUGGUCUGACAUGGGAGGAAUGUAAGCAGCGCUGUCCUCCAAACGUGGUACCAGCAUGUCACAACUCUGAGGAUACUGUCACUGUUUCAGGGCCUCUGGACUCUGUGACUGAGUUUGUAACCAAACUGAAGAAAGAUGGGGUGUUUGCAAAGGAGGUGCGCAGCGCUGGAGUUGCAUUUCAUUCCUAUUACAUGGCAUCCAUUGCACCAGCACUGCUCAGUGCACUGAAAAAGGUCAUUCCACACCCUAAACCUCGUUCAGCACGGUGGAUCAGUACAUCUAUCCCUGAAUCUCAGUGGCAGAGUGAUCUUGCCAGGAAUUCCUCUGCAGAGUAUCACGUGAACAACCUAGUGAAUCCUGUGCUGUUCCAUGAAGGCCUGAAGCAUAUUCCAGAGAACGCUGUUGUAGUGGAGAUUGCUCCACAUGCUCUUCUACAGGCUAUCUUGAGGAGAACUUUGAAGCCAACUUGCACUAUUCUACCUUUGAUGAAGAAGGACCACAAAAAUAAUUUGGAAUUCUUCCUAACACAGACUGGAAAGAUUCAUUUAACUGGAAUAAAUGUUCUUGGAAAUAACUUGUUCCCAUCUGCGGAAUACCCUGUCCCUGUGGGAACACCCCUUAUUUCUCCAUAUAUCAAAUGGGACCACAGCCAGGACUGGGAUGUUCCAAAAGCUGAAGACUUUCCCUCAGGUUCCAAAGGCUCUGCAUCUGCUUCAGUCUACAAUAUCGAUGUGAGUCCUGACUCUCCUGACCAUUAUUUGGUUGGUCAUUGCAUUGAUGGCAGAGUCCUGUACCCAGCAACUGGGUACUUAGUGCUGGCUUGGCGAACUCUGGCACGAUCUCUUGGCAUGGUCAUGGAGCAAACAGCUGUUAUGUUUGAAGAAGUUACAAUCCAUCAGGCAACUAUCCUUCCCAAAAAGGGAUCGACACAGCUGGAAGUACGAAUCAUGCCUGCUUCUCACAGCUUUGAAGUGUCAGGGAACGGGAAUUUGGCUGUGAGUGGGAAGAUCUCUCUCCUGGAAAAUGAUGCUUUGAAGAACUUUCAUAACCAGCUGGCUGACUUUCAGAGUCAAGUAAACGUGACUGAGAAGUCUGGCCUCUUGAUGGAAGAUGUUUACCAAGAGCUGCAUCUUCGUGGAUAUAACUAUGGACCAACUUUUCAGGGUGUUUUGGAAUGCAACAGUGAAGGAAGUGCAGGGAAAAUUCUGUGGAAUGGAAACUGGGUAACCUUCCUUGACACCCUGCUACACUUGAUAGUCUUAGCAGAGACCGGGCGCAGUCUACGCUUGCCCACCAGGAUUCGCUCAGUGUAUAUUGACCCUGUGCUUCAUCAGGAGCAGGUGUACCAGUACCAGGACAACAUAGAAGCUUUUGAUGUUGUUGUUGACCGCUGUCUUGAUAGCCUCAAAGCAGGAGGUGUUCAGAUCAAUGGACUUCAUGCCUCUGUGGCACCACGGCGACAACAGGAGCGGAUCUCUCCCACUCUGGAAAAAUUCUCCUUUGUUCCCUAUAUUGAGAAUGACUGUUUGUCUUCCAGUACCCAGCUUCAUGGCUACCUGGAGCACUGCAAAGGCCUGAUCCAGAAAUUACAAGCUAAGAUGGCACAGCACGGUGUCAAACUAGUUAUCCAUGGCCUAGAAACCAAAGGGGCUGCUGCAGGGUCCCCACCCACACAGAAGGGCCUUCAACAUAUCCUUACUGAAAUCUGCCGUCUGGAACUGAACGGAAACCUACAUUCUGAGCUGGAACAGAUUGUGACUCAGGAGAAGAUGCACCUCCAGGAUGAUCCCCUUCUCAAUGGCUUGCUGGAUUCCUCAGAGUUGAAGACUUGCCUAGAUGUGGCAAAGGAGAACACAAUCAGUCACAGGAUGAAGAUAGUGGAGGCUCUGGCAGGAAGUGGACGUCUGUUCUCUCGUGUCCAGAGUAUUCUGAAUACUCAGCCCCUGUUGCAGCUGGACUACAUUGCCACUGACUGCACCCCUGAAGCUCUUUCAGUUAAUGAAACAGAGCUACAUGAUGCUGGAAUCUCCUUUAGCCAGUGGGAUCCCUCUAGCCUUCCCUCUGGAAAUCUGACCAAUGCUGAUCUGGCAGUAUGCAACUGUUCAACGAGUGUUCUAGAGAACGCAACUGAAAUUAUCUUUAACUUAGCAGCUGCAGUGAAAGAAGGAGGGUUUGUUUUGCUGCACACCCUUCUUAAAGAGGAAACUCUUGGAGAAAUUGUCAGCUUUCUUACAAGUCCAGACCUACAGCAGAAGCACGGCUUCCUGUCACAGGCACAGUGGGAGGAGUUAUUCAGCAAGGCCUCACUGAAUUUGGUUGCAAUGAAGAGAUCUUUCUUUGGCUCAGUUAUUUUCCUGUGUCGACGGCAAUCCCCUGCCAAAACCCCCAUUUUUCUGCCAGUAGAUGACACUCAUUAUAAAUGGGUUGACUCCUUAAAGGAGAUCUUGGCCGACUCAUCAGAGCAGCCUGUGUGGUUGACUGCCACCAAUUGUGGGAACUCUGGAAUUUUGGGUAUGGUGAACUGCCUCCGCCUGGAAGCAGAAGGCCACAGAAUCAGGUGCGUGUUCGUUUCCAACCUGAGCCCUUCAUCAGCUGUCCCACCCACUAGUCUUUCUUCCCUGGAGAUGCAGAAGAUGAUUCAGAGAGAUCUGGUGAUGAAUGUGUAUCGUGAUGGAAAGUGGGGUUCCUUCAGGCAUCUCCCAUUGCAGCAAGCUCAGCCUCAGGAGCUGACAGAAUAUGCUUAUAUAAAUGUGUUGACUCGUGGAGAUCUCUCUUCCCUUCGUUGGAUUGUGUCCCCGCUCCGACAUUUCCAAACAACAAAUCCAAAUGUUCAGCUCUGCAAAGUCUACUAUGCAUCUCUCAAUUUCCGGGACAUCAUGCUGGCAACAGGAAAGCUUUCUCCAGAUGCUAUCCCAGGUAACUGGACGUUGCAGCAGUGCAUGCUGGGCAUGGAGUUCUCAGGACGGGACCUGGCUGGAAGGAGAGUGAUGGGAUUGCUGCCAGCAAAAGGGCUGGCUACAGUGGUGGACUGUGACAAGAGGUUUCUAUGGGAAGUGCCUGAAAACUGGACUCUGGAAGAAGCAGCUUCAGUGCCUGUGGUUUAUGCCACUGCUUAUUAUGCUUUGGUGGUUCGAGGUGGUAUGAAGAAGGGGGAGAGUGUCCUCAUUCAUUCUGGCUCAGGAGGCGUGGGCCAAGCAGCCAUUGCCAUUGCCCUGAGCAUGGGCUGCCGUGUUUUUGCUACUGUAGGCUCUGCUGAGAAACGUGAGUAUCUCCAAGCAAGGUUCCCACAGCUGGAUGCUAAUAGCUUUGCCAGCUCCCGAAAUACAACCUUUGAGCAACAUAUACUGCGAGUUACCAAUGGGAAAGGUGUCAACCUUGUGUUAAAUUCCUUGGCAGAAGAGAAGCUCCAAGCCAGUUUGCGUUGUCUUGCUCAACAUGGGCGCUUCUUGGAAAUAGGCAAAUUUGAUCUGUCAAACAACAGUCAGCUUGGAAUGGCUCUUUUCCUCAAGAAUGUGGCAUUUCAUGGAAUCCUGCUGGAUUCAAUCUUUGAGGAAGGAAACCAAGAGUGGGAGGUGGUAUCAGAGUUGUUGACCAAAGGCAUAAAAGAUGGUGUAGUAAAGCCCCUGAGAACCACAGUCUUCGGUAAAGAAGAGGUAGAAGCUGCCUUCAGAUUCAUGGCACAAGGAAAACAUAUUGGCAAAGUUAUGAUCAAGAUCCAAGAAGAGGAGAAGCAAUAUCCUUUAAGCUCUGAACCAGUAAAGCUUUCUGCCAUCUCCCGAACUUCCUGCCCACCUACCAAGUCUUACAUCAUCACAGGGGGCCUAGGAGGAUUUGGGCUUGAAUUGGCCCAGUGGCUAAUUGAGAGAGGAGCACAGAAGCUUGUACUGACAUCUCGUUCUGGCAUACGAACUGGCUACCAGGCUAAAUGUGUCAGAGAAUGGAAGGCGCUGGGAAUCCAAGUGUUGGUUUCUACCAGUGAUGUUGGAACUCUAGAAGGAACACAGCUUUUGAUAGAAGAAGCUUUGAAGCUCGGACCAGUUGGGGGCAUCUUUAAUUUGGCUGUGGUCCUUAAAGAUGCCAUGAUUGAAAAUCAGACCCCAGAAUUAUUCUGGGAGGUCAACAAGCCCAAGUAUUCAGGCACCCUUCAUUUGGACUGGGUGACUCGUAAGAAGUGCCCAGACCUGGACUAUUUUGUUGUAUUCUCCUCUGUAAGCUGUGGAAGAGGAAAUGCUGGGCAAAGUAAUUAUGGCUUUGCUAAUUCUGCCAUGGAGCGUAUCUGUGAGCAGCGGCAUCACGAUGGACUCCCAGGCCUGGCAGUCCAGUGGGGAGCCAUUGGUGAUGUGGGCAUCCUGAAGGCAAUGGGAAACAGAGAAGUUGUGAUUGGGGGAACUGUUCUCCAGCAAAUCAGCUCAUGCCUGGAGGUGCUUGAUAUGUUCCUGAAUCAACCUCAUCCUGUCAUGUCCAGUUUUGUCCUAGCAGAGAAGGUCUCUGUGAAAAGUGAAGGAGGAAGUCAACGGGAUCUUGUAGAAGCUGUUGCUCAUAUCCUUGGUGUUCGUGAUGUGAGCAGUCUGAAUGCUGAGAGCUCCUUAGCAGACUUGGGCCUGGAUUCCUUGAUGGGUGUGGAGGUGCGCCAGACGCUGGAGAGAGACUAUGACAUCGUUAUGACCAUGAGAGAAAUCAGACUGCUUACAAUCAACAAACUGCGUGAACUGUCCUCCAAGUCUGGGACAGCAGAAGAGCUGAAACCAUCCCAAGUGUUGAAGAUGGGCCCAGGUGAGCCUCCAAAACUGGAUUUGAAUAACUUGCUGGUGAAUCCAGAAGGGCCAACGAUUACCCGUCUCAAUGAAGUUCAGAGCACAGAACGCCCUCUUUUCCUUGUUCACCCCAUUGAGGGAUCCAUUGCAGUCUUCUACACUCUUGCCUCCAAACUUCAUAUGCCCUGCUAUGGACUCCAGUGCACGAAAGCUGCUCCCUUGGACAGCAUACAGAGCCUGGCAUCCUAUUAUAUUGACUGUAUGAAGCAGAUACAGCCUGAAGGACCUUAUCGCAUUGCUGGAUACUCUUUUGGUGCCUGCGUAGCCUUUGAAAUGUGCUCUCAGCUGCAAGCACAACAAAAUGCUUCCCAUGCACUCAACAGUUUAUUCCUUUUUGAUGGGUCUCAUUCCUUUGUGGCAGCAUACACUCAGAGCUACAGAGCAAAGCUGACCCAAGGAAAUGAGGCUGCAUUGGAGACAGAAGCGCUGUGUGCCUUUGUUCAGCAGUUUACAGGCAUUGAAUACAAUAAGUUGUUGGAGAUUCUUCUGCCCUUGGAAGAUCUGGAGGCUCGUGUCAAUGCUGCUGCAGACCUUAUAACUCAAAUUCAUAAAAACAUCAAUCGUGAAGCACUCAGCUUUGCUGCUGCUUCCUUUUACCACAAGCUGAAGGCUGCUGACAAGUAUAUACCAGAGUCCAAGUAUCAUGGGAACGUGACACUGAUGCGGGCAAAGACUCACAAUGAGUAUGAAGAAGGUCUGGGUGGCGACUACAGACUCUCAGAGGUAUGUGAUGGAAAAGUAUCGGUCCAUGUCAUUGAAGGAGAUCACCGCACCUUAUUGGAGGGAGAUGGUGUUGAAUCAAUUAUUGGGAUCAUCCAUGGCUCACUGGCAGAACCACGUGUCAGUGUCAGAGAAGGUUAACAUCUGCUCACUUACCGUCAAUGGUGAAGAAAAUGCCAACAACAUUCCUAGUUAUGACAGACCCCAAGGAACUCUUCCUGUUGAACAUCUCAUCUGCUCUGCUGCCAGAGCUGGGAAGUCCAGCUGAACUUGAUUGGUCUCUGUUUCCUCUCUCUCAGUCAUCUUUCCUAACUUUCAUGGGUUCUCUCUCCUCUUUCCCUUUCUAUGCUUUGUUUUUUUCCCCAGUAUCCCUGUCUGUGUUACUGCGGUGCUGUGACUCUGUCACUCUGCACUGCUGUGAGGGUUCCCCAGCAAUGGUUGCUUCCUACAGCUUUGGCAGUAUGAAAAACAAAUUUAGGAGUAGACUUCUUGUGCUCUAUAUUGUUUUGUCUUAACAGUAUUCCAAAGGGUAAGUGAUAGCACUUGUUGACCAAGCCCAGUGAGCAGAGAGGAGAGCUGCAGCUGAUUUCGGAGAUACUUGUUGUCUGUGAAGAAUCUGUCUGUAGUUAGGUCAGAAAGAGAAUUCCAUUGAGGCUUUUGUAACUAUAUUUUUUUAAUUUGAUAUAUUCUAAGUAUUUAUUGUGUCAAAUCAGAGACUUCUUGCUUGGUUUUAAUUUAUCGUGGGUAUCAGAAAAGGAAACAUCCAUUUUGGAGGGAUAGGUUUAUUCUACAAGGGGAGGUUGCCCAUUUGUUAAACCAAAGUGCAUCUAUGGAACAGCCCA